UGCGCAGGCCGGAAAGCUUGCAGGUGGGGAAGAUGGCGGACAGCAGCGGUCGUGUGGGCAAGAGCGGCGGGAGUGGCACGGGGAAGGGGGCGGUGUCGGCGGAACAGGUAAUUGCUGGCUUUAAUCGCCUUCGGCAGGAACAGAGGGGCUUGGCCUCCAAAGCAGCUGAGCUGGAGAUGGAACUGAAUGAGCAUAGCCUGGUGAUCGAUACGCUGAAGGAAGUGGAUGAGACCCGCAAGUGCUACCGCAUGGUUGGCGGUGUGCUGGUAGAGCGGACGGUCAAGGAGGUGCUGCCUGCCUUGGAGGGUAACAAGGAGCAGAUACAAAAGAUCAUUGAGACACUGUCACAGCAGCUUCAGGCAAAGGGAAAAGAACUCAAUGAAUUCCGGGAAAAGCACAACAUUCGUCUUAUGGGAGAAGAUGAGAAGCCAGCAGCCAAGGAAAACUCAGAAGGAGCUGGGGCUAAGUCCAGCUCAGCAGGGGUGCUGGUCUCUUAGGGACUAAGGCCUCUGCAUUCUAUUUUACCCUGAUUCCCACUUCUAACUUCUUUUUAUUGUUAUUAUUAUUUUUCUGCUAUUGUAAUUUUUUUGUUGUUGUUAAUUAAAUGUUUUGGUCAAAUACUUAA